GAAUUCCCAAGUGCCUGAUAAGAAGUCAAUCAUGAGUAUGUUAUGUGCUUGUUCCAAGCUCUUCCUCAUGGAUCUUUCACCAUGGAUAGUCUUGAUGUUUCUCUACAGUCAGAUUCUUCCUUCUCUAUUGAAGGCAGCGUUGAGGAUACGUCUUGCAUUUCUGCUAAGGCCCGCCCACUUUCUACAGCCAGUAUUGGUUUGAGUGAAUACCAGCGUACUCUAGAGGAAGUGUUGACAUGGUUGUUGGGGGCAGAGGAUCGAUUGGCUGCCAUGCCCCCAAUUGCUGAAACAACUGAAGCAGUGAAAGAACAAUUUCAUGAUUUAGAGGAAUUAAUGUUGGAGCUGACGUCGAAGCAGGGCGGCAUUGGUGAUGUACUUGGUGAAGGUUCACGGCUGAUGAGAGAAGGGGUGAUGGAGGAAGAGGAAGAAGAGGAAGUGAGAGUGCAGAUGAAGCUCCUCAACACACGCUGGGAAGAGCUACGAGUCAAAGCUAUGGACCGGCAGUCAAGGUAUGUAUUACAACCCAGCACAAUAAGGCCUGUUAUCCUGGGUGUAAAGGGGCACAAGGAGCAGAAGAAACACAGCUGAAUGACUUCGAAAUAU